CGGAUGAGAAACGAGUUUAAGAAAGCAGCGGUGGCAGUUCGUGAAAUCGGUGGUGGUGUGUUCUCCACUGCAGGGGAGCGCAAGCGCGCGCGCCCGCGUGCACCCCUUAUCGAGUUCGAGAGGAAAAGCAGCGCUGGUAGGACAGACACAGAGGGUGGCAAAUAUACGAUACCGGGGGGAAAAUAGAGAGACAGAGAUAGAGAAUAGGCAACGACGUACAGCUUCGAAAACGAGCACCGCAGUGUUGCUUGAGCCUUCCUCUGGAUGAGCGUCUCUCGAGAACCGAAAAAAUCCAGCCAGAAGUUGCUUCUUCUUAUCGCGAAUGGUGUUUCAAAAGUGUUCGCCCCCAAAAAUGCCGGGCAAUCGAACUCAACGUAAGCGAUGGAGGCGCUUUAUUUAAAAUCCGACACAAUGUGAAAAUCACAAUAUAUCAUAAGUGAUGUGGUUUUUGACGCUGCUUCUCGCCUUUAUGGCAAGCGGCGGCUUUGCGUGUCUCGAUCAUUGCCAAUGCUAUCCGGCCGCACUAACUGUACAGGUGACAUGCACCGGUAAACUUCCUACGCUGGACCAUUUGCCACACACGAUUCGUAAGCUCAACAUUGAAAGUGCUAUGGAAACGGAGGUAAGAACGUUUCUUGACAAUUUUGACAAUUCAUCAUUAGGAUUAACGAGUCUCCAGGAAAUUGUCCUGAGUAAUUGCUCCUUGAAAAAUUUGAAUGUGUCGUGGAGUGGACUCGAGCAAGUGCGGGAGUUAAAUUUAUCACACAAUAUGUUCGUAGAAGUGAGUGAUGUGGGAGCUAGUGAAGCUCAGUGGCUGUGCAACGUGACGGUCCUUGACCUGUCUAGCAAUCAGAUUAGUGACAUUGGUGACGAGGAAUUGAGGACAUUCGGAGGAUUAACGUGGUUGAGGAUCAGUGACAAUGGACUUUGGAAUGUGAGCGAUUUGGCGUUCUCGGGUUUAAGUGUUCUUGAGGUGCUCGAUCUUUCGGACAAUAAACUCGCGACUCUGCCGAAUAAUGCAUUAACGCCCCUAGAGUCGUUGCAAAAGUUGGACCUCAGCGGGAACCAAUUGCGAGCGUUAGGCGCCAGAUGGUUCGAGACUCUGGGAAGAUUGAGAGAACUAGACGUUUCGAGGAACGGUAUUUCACGGGCAGCAUCUGGCGUUUUACAACCAUUACCGGGUUUGUCGAUUCUCCGACUCUCGGAGAAUCCACUUCGGGAACGGGAUGUUUCACUCUUGUUGGGAACUGGUCGACGGUUGGAGACGGUGGACGCCUCGCACACGGGACUGGUUCGCGUGCCAGCGGCACUCACGAGGUCAGUGCGGGCACUCCGAUUAGCCGGUAACAAGUUGACUUCGAUCCGCGGUGGGGAUCUCGACAGUUAUCCCCUGCUGAGACUGCUGGAUUUAUCGGACAAUCGCCUGACAGUCGUGGAGGACGAUGCCCUGGGGCGACUGGAGGUCCUCGAGGUGUUGAAUCUGUCGGGGAAUUUUUUAGCGAUCGUGCCGCACAGUUUGCCCACCAGUCUCACCCAACUGCAUCUCGAGCGCAACACGAUAUCCAUUCUCAGAUUCGGUGACUUUGACGGACUGUACAAUCUCCGAAUUCUGAAAAUCAACAACAACAGGAUAGAAUCGAUCGAAGAGGGAUCGUUUAGCCAAUUACCGACACUGGAGGAGCUGAGUGUAUCGAAUAACCCGAUUAAAGCAUUACCGGCUAAUACCUUCAGUGGGCUAACUAAUUUGAUGAGGCUUCAGUUGUCGGGUUUGGGUUCCCUCAGUCGUGAGGAGCAGAAACAAAGGGACAUGGCCUUUCCGGUUCCGACCCCGGAAAGAUUGACGACCCUCGACGUCUCUCGUAGUCCCGUCCUCGCCGCACAACUUCUAACCGAUGACGCUGCUCUAUCGGCCUGCAGGAGCUUAACGGAAUUAAAUUUGGCCCACAUCGACAUCACCACCAUUCGAUCGGAUCUCGUUUACGACCUUCCGCAAUUACGUCGACUCGGCCUAGCCGGAAACGACUGGAACUGCACCACGGAAUUAUACUGGCUCGGCGAAUGGAUCAGACAACACGGAGAAUUGGAUGAACCUGCUCGUUGCACUGAACCAUCACAUCUGAUCGGUUACCAUCUGUCUCAAAUGCCCGAUCCUCCCACCCAAACUUCAAUUUCACCUCCUAUCAAACCGACCGCAAAUUCAACCCAUAUUCCCAAUUUCCCCUCAACCGUAAACAAUUCCAAAAUACCAGUUUUAAAAAAGACAAUUACAACAACAACUAUAUCAUCAGUCGAAUCUCCUUUCAUCAACAAUGUCACCGAAACUCCAAAAAUCAAUCGACAAACCAGUUAUACAAAACUAAAAUCAAAAAAGCAAAAAUCAGGCAAAAAUUACAUCAACAAUAAUAAUAUAAUGCAAAAGGAGAAUGUGAAAAUUUCCAAUAAAGUUCUCGGCAAGACAAAAAUAUUAGAAUCAGAGUCACGUACAGAGGAUGAGAACAACGAUCAUCAUGAUUCGAAAAAGUAUAGUCAGCUUCUCAAUGGGAAAAUGGGUGGCACUAAAGAAAAAGACGUGCCCUUAUCAAAUGACGUAUCAAAUACGGUCGCGCAAGAAUUGAGUGGACAAGUAACGGAUUCAGGUGCUCGUGUGUCCGAUGCAUUAUCAGCGGGUGCACAUCCCGGUAUGCUUGUGUUAGUUGGUGCUGCUCUUGGUGCUGCAGCAGCACUCACUGUUGUUUUAUCACGUCGUGCAGCACCGAUUCGUCGUCGUGAUCAGUAUCAACGUCAGGAAAACAUUGAAGUUCACUCACUCACAUCAACAAUUGAGAGAUGGUGACCGAAUUCCAAUGAACGUGCUUGAUGAACUUCUCUCUCUUUAUUCAAGACACAGGAAAACAAUUCGGAUAUAAUGUAGAGAUCAAAGGGAGUUGUUGUUUUCUGUUGUUGUUUUUUUUUCAAAUUCUCAAUUCUCGUCAAUCACAACUCGAGUUCAAUAGUAAUUUUUUACAAAAUAAAAAAUAACGACUAUCUACAAAAAAUUGUGUGAAUAAAAAUAAAAGUUCGCCAAAUUUCACAAAAACGCGAUCUUUUCAACUCAUAACAAUCACAAAUCAACGCAAAUUCCAACAAACGUAUAUAUUUAUAUUAUAUAUGUAAUAUAUAUUAUAAAUAUAUUAAUAUAUAUGUAUAUAUAAAUAUAUAUAGAUAAAAUAGAAAUAUAUAUGUAUAACCAUAAUCUCUAAAUUUAAAUCAGUGAAAUAUCAAGUGCAAAAUGCUUGGAGACCCAGCAAUUUUAGUAGGAUUCUUAAUAAAAUUCUACCGUUUCAAUAAAAAUAUAAAAAAUUUGUUUAUUAAAACAAUUAAAUCAGUGACAGAAAUUUAAUAGUUUAGGUAAUAAUUUUAAUCAAUUUUCGGUAAAAUGUGACUGCACUUAAAUAUAAAUCUUAUCGAAAUUGUACUGUUGAUUCAUUUUAACUAUUUGACAAUCAAAUCUGUUGUACCGAUUGUUGUUUAAGUAGAUUUCUAUUGUAUUAACAAUCGGUAAAUCAGAUUUUAUUAUAAAGUAGUGGAAACAAAGCCAAUGUGCAAAUUGAGUUAGAUUUCCAGUGAAAAUCAGUAAUAAAAACAUUAAAACAACUUUAAAAAAAGUACAAUUACUAUUUAAUCAAAUUUAAAUUUAAAUCUACUUUCCGAACAAUCGGUGAAUCGUGUUUAAUUUUUAAAGCAAUAAUUUUAAUCGUAUUUGAUAAAAUAUGACUGAAUUAAGGUGAAAAUAUUAAUAUUAUUAAUAUAUAUUAGUGAAUUUGCUUUAUUCAGAGCUUUUAAUAAUCAAAUUUCUUACCGAUUGCUAGUAAAGUAGAGUUUUAUUUUAUCAACAAUUUGCAAAAUAAAUUUAGAGUAAAAAUUACAUGGAAGAAAGCUUUACCUAGAACAGUGAUAAAUUUCUCUAGAAUAACAAAAAUUUUAACUGAAACAACUAUUAAAUCUAUUAUUUAUUUAAAUAAACAAAUUUAUUUUACCAGCAAUUCGUAAAACAUAUUUGAAUAUCUAAUUAAGAAAUAAUAUUACAUGUUUUUAGUAAAAUCUGAGUAUAAAUCUUACUUGAUUUGUACAGUUCCUUCUUUCCGGGUGUUUAAUGAGCAAAUCUCUUUUAUCGAUUGCGGAUAAAAUAGAGUUCUAUUGUACUAAAAAUCGGUAAAAUAGUUUUAAUUAUUAAAACUAUCUGAAAGUAGUUAAAGAAAUUGUACAAAUUCUGUGAAAUUCCCAUUAUGAAUUAUUUAAUUUCAUGAUAAAACAAAUAUCUAGUUUACUAACAAUCGGUAAAGCGAAAAAAAUCUUUGAACCACGUAACUUUAUUUUACACAAAUUUACAGAGGAACAAAAAACUGAGGACGCACACUAUUGUUUCUAAUAUAUUUCUAUAUUUCGCGAAUAAAAAUUAUAAUUUUUUGAAGUUAGACAUAAUAAUUAAUUUAAUUAAUUAAAAGACAUAAUUAUUACAAUUAGUACCAGUGAUUUACAAUAAAAAAGACUAUUUUACCGAUUGGUGAUAAAAACAGACAUCUAAUUUACCAAUGAUCGGUAAAGCAGAAACCUCUUUUAUCGGCACAAAUAUAAAAUUACCUUUUUCAAUUUAAAAUUAAAUUCUACUACUUUAACAACGAAAUAUAAUAAAAGUUUCACUGAUAAUAUUACGGAUUUAAAUUCAGAGAAUAAAUAUAUAUAUGUAUAUAUUUAUAUAUAUAGAUGUAUAUAUAUGCAUGUGUGUGUAUGUAUGUGUAUAGUGACAAUAAUAACGCAGCGUGACUCUGCUACGAAUUUAAAAGAGUUGCGAAAUUAAAGAAAAAAAAACUUUUUUCAUGAACGUGUUUGUUGCGACAAGACAGUGUGUACAGGAUUGCUGAUCUAAUUUGUGAUUCUUCAUUUUUUUUAGCAAUUUGGUGAAAAUUAUAACACAAUUACUUGUACAAAAAGAAAAGAAGAAAAAAAUAAAUUAAACACAAAAAAAUCAUUAUUAAAGAGGCUAGAUAUUAUCUUUCGUAAAAUAACCAGUGUCAAAAUACCAGUACGA